AUGUCUGAUAAAAUUUUGGAAAUUCCGAAAAAUGAAUUUUACAAAUCGGUAAAAAUGGAAUAUCGCAAAUAUUUCGAGCCAAUUCCGGAACCAGGUAAUCGAAUUUUUAAAAGGAUAAGAAAUUCUGAAAUUCUAUUUUUUCCAGAAUCUGCAUAUCCGGACGGGCGUGUGAAUAUCGAUUGUCCUUGUCUGCAUUCGGCGUUGGCACACAAAUGUGGGCAUUUGAUUAGAGAUGCGUUGGUGUGAGUUUUAGAGUUCCAAAUUCCGAAGGGGCCCAAAAAUUACUAAUUCAAAAGUAAAGUUCUGAAUUCACCGUAAAGCAGAGUUCCAGAAAAAAUUAGAAAUUUCCAAAGAUUUUGAAUUUGUGGAAUUUUGAGUAAGACUGGAAAAAUUAUUUUUAAAAGUAAUUUUUAACGUGACCUCGAAACGUUUCCUUUCAUUUUCAAAACAUUUCUUUCAUUUCCAGUUGUUUCAAUGCUUCAAAAACGUAUCCACGUGGAAUGGACUGCGAAAAACCAUUCAUGGAUCACGCGGUUUGUAUGACAGAAAGCAAUCGAAAAUCAUAA